UACCUCUAAUUUUGGAACACCGUGUAUUUAUAAAAAAAUUAAAAUUGUCCCCCGGACUAUCGGAAAAUCGCGACGCGUUACCGAAUUUCGAUUUCCUCGGUGGCCGUGCCGUCGCGACUGACACCGUCACUCCGUCUGAAUGACACCGCACACGCCAUCGUCGUCGUCCAGAAAUGGAAAACAUUUGCAAAUUCAAAAAGAGAAUGGUGUACCCUGAACAACUAAACUUGGACCAAAUCGGUAAUAAGUCUGCUCAAAAUGCUGCCUCUUGGUGUAGCGAACCUCUAGAGCAAGCUAGCAAUAAUAUUAACGUUCCUGAAAUAGUCAAAAUUUCACCUGUCAAAGAAAAAAAUGAAGAAAUUUAUAGUAACGGUGGCAUACCUCAAACAACCGCUAAUGCACAAUUCAUCCAGGACCGUAUAAGGCACUUGGUGGACGCAUUUUCCACCAGAGCGCAAGCUGCACGAGAAAGAAUAGAAACUCCAGCCACUCCUUCGUCUAUAAGCAGCAGAGAAACAGUGGAGCAUCAGCAACACUCCAUACCUAUGAAACAUAAACUCAGUAUUUCGUUUUCCGACAGAUAUAUCGAGGAAAAAGAUACCAAAUUUUUGUCUAGCAAAAAAGGCUUAAUCAGAUACUUCGAUAGAAAAAUAAUCGAUCCGAAUGGCAGAUUUUACGUAACGUGGAUGUCUAUAGCAGCCAUGGCUGUGUUUUACAACGCUUGGGUAAUACCGUUAAGAAGCACUUUUCCAUAUCAAACGAAACUCAAUCGACCCAUAUGGAUGACGUUCGAUUACUUGGCCGAUUUGAUUUAUCUAAUCGACAUGACGUGCGUUCAACCCAGAGUUAAAUAUUUGCACGAAGGCUUCUGGGUCAUCGAUAUCAAACUGUUGAGGAGCAAUUAUAUGAAGAGCAGACGAUUCAAGCUGGACGUGUUGUCUCUUAUCCCCUUAGACUUCCUCUAUAUAAUCUGGGGUCCAGAAUGCGUCAUUCUGCGUAUACCAAGAUUCUUCAAAUGCCACACUUUCUGGGAAUUCUUCAGCUUAAUCGAUAAACUACUAUCGAAUCCGUACGUCAUCAGGAUAUCCAGGACUCUGAUGUACAUGAUGUACUUGAUACAUUUGAACGCGUGCGCGUACUAUUCAUUUUCAACUUGGGAAGGCAUUGGUAGCAAUCAUUUCGUUUUUAACGGAAAAGGAAACGCUUACAUCAAGUGCUUUUAUUUCGCUACCAAAACCGCGACGUCUAUAGGAAAAAAUCCCAAACCGACACAAGAAAUCGAGUAUAUGUUCAUGACUUUCUCGUGGCUAAUGGGCGUGUUUGUUUUUGCUCUGCUUAUCGGUCAGAUUAGAGAUAUCAUUUCUACGGCUACCAGAUCAAAAACUGAGUACAGGAAAUUGGUGAACGAAACGUUGGAAUACAUGCGCAGAUUGAACUUGCCGCAAGAUGUGCAAAGGAGAGUUCAGCUGUGGUUUAAUUACACUUGGGAAACUCAGCGGACAUUAGACGAAAAUACCAUAAUGGACUGUCUACCUCACAAGAUGAAAACGGACAUAGCCAUAAACGUUCACAUACAAACUCUAAGCAAAGUUAAAUUAUUCGCCGAUUGCGAUGAAGCGUUACUUAGAGAACUAGUGCUGCAGCUGAAGUCAGUCAUUUACUUGCCAAACGACAUAAUUUGCAAGAAAGGCGAUGUUGGAAAAGAGAUGUAUAUUAUCCAGUCUGGAAAAGUUCAGGUUAUAGGACCGACCGGUGAUGUUCUUGCCACUCUAUCUGAAGGCUCUGUUUUUGGGGAAAUUAGCCUUUUGGGUAUAUCAGGGAUGAGUAGAAGAACGGCAGACGUAAGAUCACAGGGUUAUUCGAACCUUUUCGUACUGAGUAAAGCCGAUCUAAACGAGGCUCUGAUACACUACCCCGAAGCUCAAGACCUGCUCAAUAAGAAAGCGAAAUCGCUCAUGAAGAAAAACGCGGCUUUGGAAAAAAAGCACAAGGCCAUGAUUGUUAUAAACAAUCCUAGUCCGCAGGAGAAGAACAACAAAUUUUUGGAUACCGUUCUACAGGUCCUGCCUCCAGGGUCAGCUACCAACAGACUUCUGAGGUACGGAAGUCGAGGUAAACCGACUAGAAAUCCCGAAAACGACAUUUUCAAAUAUAGAAACAGUUUGCCAAUAAUAAAAGGAAACUAUGGAAACAGUAUUGAGAAUUAUUUUGAAGGGAAUGUUACGGUACAUCGUAGCAUGACUUAAAAAACUGGUUUGGACAUUUAUUGAAUUUGCAUGGAUCAAUUUUGCAUCGGGCCAUGUAGAAACAUCGAUCUCCUACCUGUUUUUCUUGAUAAAAAAUGACCAGAAUUUUUAUCUAAGGUCAACCCGAAUAAAGAAGACACUAUUACGUCAUUACUUCAAAACAAAUAUAGAUUUUAAACUUAUAUACUUCAAACUAGUUCAGUGACGUAAACGUUUAAGCCAAUUUACUAGCGCGGCUCUACUGACUCGAUGUUACCAAGGGGAUCGAUAAUAGCAGACGAAUGCACACCUUGUAAUAGUAUCUUCUCUAUUCGGGUUGCCAGUACAUACAUUAUAAUGUACGGUAAAAUAACUUUUGAUGAUAAUGUGAUAAACACUUUAUUUUUAUUUAAAUUUAUAAUAAAUUAUAUGUACUUAGGUAUUAUAUUUAUAAAACACUGAAUAGUAAUAUUAAUAGACAAUAUUUUAUGAUAAAAGUCUCGUUUUUAUUGGUUUUCGUUAAUUUUUUGCCUCAAACUGUCUGAAACGCUGGAAUCGUAUUUUAAAAUGUCGAUGGCUUCGAGAAGAUUUGCUUUCGAAUCGU